CACUCGCUCAGUCGCGCCGUAUCCGUGAACUUGGCCUGGUCCGAUCACCCUGGCCCCGAGGCCUUAUCAGAGGCGCCGCCCGCGGCCUAUAAUAGCUGGGCCGGCGUCUCCCUUUGCCUCCAGAUUGGACUGUGACUCCGGCAGACAUGUUCCGCGCCUUGUGUCUCCUCGCUGUGCUCGCUGUCGCCAGCGCCUGCAAACCCUGCACGUGCGGGGUAGCGCGCGGCGCUCGCGUGGUGGGCGGAGGGGCAGUUACCCCGGGGGAGCUACCCUGGUUGGCGGCGCUGAAGAGGGACGGCAAACUCAUCUGUGGCGCCACCGUCGUCGCGCGCGACCAUCUCCUCACCGCCACGCAUUGUGUUUAUGAAGUGGAAGCGUCUCGCUUGACGGUGCUGGUGGGAGAAUUUGACGUGAACAAAUCGAGAUCGGACGGCUUCCGAGUGGCGCACGUGUUCCAGCAUCCGGACUUCAACCGCUAUACGUACGACAACGACAUCGCCGUGCUGAGGCUGGCGGAGCCUCUGCCGGAUCAUCUGUUUAGACCAGCGUGCUUGCCGAACGAUGACGAUAACAUAUCAGGUGCUGAUGCUAUUGUCUCCGGAUGGGGCAGUACUGUUGAAAAGGGCCCCCCAUCCAAUAUACCCAUGAAAGCGGAGGUGCAGAUUUGGACUCCCGAGGAGUGCUCAAGCGCGGGCUACGGGCGCCGCAAGGUGACGCCGCGCAUGAUCUGUGCCAACGCCCCCGACCGGGACUCCUGCAAGGGCGACUCCGGGGGCCCGCUGCUCAUGGCCCAACCGCACUUCACUAUUGUCGGCAUCGUAUCCUGGGGCCGAGGCUGCGCGCGACAGGGCUACCCCGGCGUGUACGCGAGGGUGGACCGCUUCAUGCCGUGGCUGAAGGUCGCGCUGCGGCACGCCUGCACCUGUCUGCCACCCUCGGCACUGGCACACUGACAGAGGCUAAACGAGGCUAUACUUGCUUUCAGUAGCGCUAUUCUGUAACCUUGUUUUAUGUAAAACUUCUUUACGAACACUUGACUUGGGGAGAAAGGUGAUGAAUGCGUUAUCCGAGCGAUAAGAACGUGUGAUCAGGUGAAGGGACGUGAGAUGAACGCAGUCCUGGAUUAGCCUAUAAGUUAUUUAAGCAAUUGCUUAGGGUAUCCUGUCUAUGUUGGAACCAGAGAUUGCCGACGAAAAUAACCAGCGCAUGAAAGUUAAGGCAAUUUCAAAAUCCGACCGUUUUAAAUUGACGUUGAUUGCUACAAAUUCAAUCAACCACGUUUUUUUGAUUAUUUAUUUGUAGUUUACUUAAGGGUAGGGGAACACACAGGAAAAGAUUGCUUAGGACAUCAAAUUACCUUAAUCCGACACUGGAAAGGAGAUAGAGUUUGACUAAUGAAAGUAGAGACUGAAAUCGCCUGGCAUAAAUAGGUUAAUGAAGGCAGAACGUAUGUUUCGCAUGUUAGAGUAGGAGCAACAGAGAGUAGUUUUAUUUUAGUCGAGUUUUGUAGAGCACACUCGUAUUUUUUAUAGGUACCUAUAGCACACUCGUAUUUUCGUUUUACUCGACAGUGUGAGUGAGAGAGUAUGAGAACUCCGCAUUCGCGUCUAUCACUCUCUCUCUAUUUCACGUUUAUCUAUAAUACGGUAGUAGACAGAGCGAAGUAGAGACGAAUCCGAAACACACUAUCAAGUUAUAAAAUCGUUACAGAAUAGCACUAUAUUUUUUUGUUAUAGAUAUUUAGUUGUUCUCUUUAUGUGCGCAAAAUGUUGUCUACGUUUGUUAAACCUAAAUAUCGCUAUCUCUUAAGUCGCGAUGAGAGAGCGAUAUUUUCGAUUUCACCGCUGUUUAUCGAACACAAUGAAUAUAUAUUUCGUCAUGAGAUAUGUUGAAGCCUUUGGAUGUAGUACAUAGCAAGGUGAAAACACAUUAUGCCUUUAUGUGUGUAAAAUAAAGGAACCUCAGCACAGCAGAAAUGCAAGCAAUCACUGAUAGAUGAUAAUAUAAAAAAAAAAGCUUUUCUAAUGUUCAAUUACACACCAAUGUGCUUUUUCAAACGCUUGUAUAUGCACAUUCCACAGAAGACAUAUGUUCAAAGCCAAAUCGUCUUCAAAAAGUUGCA